CUCGACACAGUGUUUCUGAAGCAGUGUGUUGAUCUUUCUGACACACGCACCGGAACGUCAGCUUCAAGCGGACCAUCACUACCUCUCACAUCUAAAGGUAAGUGUCAAGGUAACUUUGAACUGAGUUCAGUCAAUCUUGAGUUUUUCGAAGUUUUCUGAAUGAAGUUUUCUGUUGCUCUCUGUGAGAGAAGACCGUUAAAGGCGAGGCUCUCCAGAGUGUAGCAAAACAGGAAACCACAGCUGUGUGUGCGUAAGUGUGCAAACGAAUAGAUUAGAAGUGCAAGUGAGCCACGAGUAUAGAAAGGUCAAGUUUUGUGAGUUGUUUUUCUCACCACUGAUCACGCGCUCAACACUCUACACAUACUUACAUCACGCGCGCGCUCUCAAGCAUCAGUAUUGUACAAUUCUGGGCGUCACGUGAUUUGCAGGUGUUACCAUAUAACGGAAAUCUCCAUUGUUCUGUAGCAGUGGUUCUCAAACGUUUCACAAUGAGUUUCACCCUUACGAGCGACAUCAAAGCACAGCAGUAAAGGCAGCACAACUAAAGCGUGCAAUUUACUUUGUGUGCACUCAAAUGGAGUUGAGUCAACCAGCGCCACCUGUGGUCAAGUGCCAUAGCCUACAGCCAGAUUAACUUGUGACACACACAGUAGCGGUUUUUGAUACGGGCGACACCGGCAGUUGCCCGUAUCAAAAAUUUACUUCAACUAACCCUGACUUUCUCCGCCUCUUUGUCGGAAACCUGACUGUAGGAAGUGUCAGACAUGGCGUGCCCCUGCCUUGAAGAGCCAGUAGAUGUUGAAGCCCAAAUUCUCCGCAGAGCUCUCCACCGGGAGAGAGUGAUUAGAGCGCGUUUGGACAUUUUAUCAUUUCCUGAUGAUUUUCUGUGUGAACGUUACCGUUUUUCAGCACAAUCUAUAAUUUAUUUGAAUAACAUCCUCAGGCCUUAUAUUGCUCAUGUGACACAUCGCGGACAUUCUCUCAGUUCUGUACAUAAUAUUUGUAUUGCACUUCGUUUUUUUGCAAACGGGAGCUUUCUGUAUAAUAUUGGUGACGCUGAGCACGUUUCCAAGGCUACCGUCUGUCGGGCAGUCAGGAAUGUUACAGUUGCACUGAAACGUCUCCUGUACUCGUUUGUGGUGUUCCCCGGUCAUAGACCCACAAGAUUUAUCAAAGAGGGAUUCCACAAAAUUGCAGGGUUCCCAGGCGUGAUUGGCUGUGUAGAUGGCACUCACAUUCCAAUCAUUGCUCCUUCAGUAAAUGAAGGAGACUAUGUGAACAGGAAGUCUUUCCACAGCAUUAAUGUACAGCUGAUCAGCAGGAGGAGAAGAGUCUGACGGAGCAGCAGAG